GUACCUGUUCCAGUAUAAUUAAUAACUUGUAUAAAUAUACAAUUUGAAGGAAACCUCUAAAGUGGAACCACGUGCAUUGGGGAAAUGUUUUCCAGUCGGACAUUUAUAUGUGAAGCUCCACGUAAGCAUUGGCGUUAUCCCUGAAGUAAAUUACUUUGUAUGUUUACUCGUAAAGUCCGUGUGUAAUUCGUAAAUUUGUAGAAUUUUAGGUUUUGUAUAAAAUAUGUUCGCAGGUUUAGUCUAGUUAAUAAUUUGGUACACCCGUCUCCAUGUCUGUGGAAGAAGAAUGAGCAAGAAAAAGCUGCUGUUUUCAAACAGGUCCACUGAAGCUGAGGACAGAACCAAAAACACUCUUUGGACACGCAGUGACAACACCUUCAAGUUUAACUUCUUCCCUGACAACCACCGACCAUCUUCAUCAAGCGGGAACCCUCCAGUGGUCCAGCCAACAGGAAGUCAGGCAGACUUUACAGGACAAGCAUCUGCUUUUGCCUUCAACUUCCAAAUCCCCCCUGACGAUGAUGUGAAGAUGACCUCAGAUGCCUCGUCUCACCUGAACAGCCAGCGCUGUGACACAGACGAAAAGCCUCUGGAUCAGCAGCAAGUUAGCUCCACAACUGCAUCAAAAACAAAAAAGAAGAAGAAGUCAGGCAAGAAAAAUGAGUCUAAGGAACCUCAAAGUUCCACAGAUCAAGGCGGUGAAGACACGGUGCUGAAUGCAGAAGAACAGCUGAAAAGGCAGCUUGACUGGUGCAUCGAACAGCUGGAAAUGGGAUUAAGGACACAAAAAGGAACACCAAAACAAAAGGAGGAGACGAGUCGUGCCCUGAAGACUCUGCGGAGCUCCAAAGCUCCUCUGGCCAAGAAGAGGCAGGUGAUGCGAGUCACGAUGGGCGACUACAGGAGCAAAAUGGAAGAGGAGAAGAGCAAACAGUUCAAACUGAUUCAGAGUGAAGUUGCAUCAGCUCAGGUCAAAUCCGUGCCAAGUUCCUCAAUGAAGUCUGCGUUCCACCGGAAAACUGAAGGAAAAUCUCAGCCGACAGUCACAGAGGAGAAGCUGGCAGCAUCGCCUCCUGAGGAAAUGGCAGCAUUUGUCUUCACUCCAUCAAAGGAGCCGUUUCACUUCAGUUUUCUCUGAUUUGUAUCCAGAUGUCACACAGGCGACUGGAGUGUGGUACCGCAGACUCUCCGGGCCUGUGCACCAUGUUCUUUGUGUUACAAAUAAACAGUGCACUCUUGUCAGAUUGUUGUAAUGAGGAGAAACCAUAACGGUGCAGGUAAUAACCAUCAUUAUUGCUGACAAAUUUUAUGUGCUGCCUCUGAUAAGAAGAUAGAAUUUGGGGCUUAACUGGACGCUUAUUUUAAUUUCUUUACCCUUCAGAGGCUUGUCAUCUUAAGAAUUUCUCAUAAUUUACUCUUGCCUUUUAAAUUCAAGAAAUGUUUUUCAAACUUAUUUGUAGUAUUUAACAAGUGUGUGUGUGUGCACCAAGAAUUUAAUCUCUGCAAGAAAAUGGGCACUAAAGUGCAUCUAAAAAUUGCAGACUUUAUCUUAAAGCUGCUGAAAAGCAACUUUAAAGUGAUUUACAAGAACACUGAUUUACUGCAAUUACAGAAAAAAAUAAAACUGAAUUGCUAUGUAAAGAGAGAGGGGUAAACUGUAGAUAAAACUUAAAAUGAUUACGAUACGAUACGAUACACUUUAUUGUCCCCUCAGGGAAAUUUGUCUUGGACUCAUG